GCUGACUGGUUCCAAUUUUUCAUAAAUCUUUUAAUGGGCUAAAAAACCUAUGAAGCCCAUUUAGCUUACAAAACUGAAAACCCCAUUGUCCGGGGGUCAACAGAAAUCUGACGUCUUAAUCCAACGGCUUAAAAAAGUCCAAUCGAACGGCUCAAAAAAGAAAGCUGUAGUUGUAAGGUAAUAAGACAAAAUAGCACCAGUUUCUCUUUCUCCCUCCAUUUUCAGUAAUAAGCAUUCUAUUUUUCUUUGUUUUAUUGAUAGAGAAAUAGCAAACAAGAGAACCCAUUCUUCUUUACCAAAAAUUUUACAUUUUUUUUCUUCGAAUUCCUGGAUAAGCUCAAAGGCUUCGAUCGUACAGAGAGAAAAAAAAACCAUGGUGAAACCGAAAGUUUUACUAUUUCCCGGAGAAGACACGCCGGAACAGAAACCACCGUCGCCGUCUACCGAAGAUCAAACUCGAGAGAGUAGGGUUUACGGCUCUGAGAAUAUGGUAAUGGGAGGGGAUUCAGUAGAAUCAGACGUUACUGAGCUAAACAGUGAAGGGUAUAUCAAAAUCCUAGACCAGAUUCAUGAAAAAGCUUCAUCAAUUUUUGAGUUUUCGCUUCACUUUGAUGAUGUCAGUGACUCGCUGGAGAAGAGGGAAGAACGUCUGAGAGUGGUUGAAAUGAAGGAGAAGGAGAUUGGUUUGCUUGAAGAGUCAGUAUCUCGUAGGUUAAGUGUUUUAGAGGAGAAAGAGAUAGAGUCUGAUUUGAGAUUGGUCAUUGAAGCAAGCAUCAUGAGAUUGGUGCUUGAGAAGCAGAGUGAAUAUGUAGUGACACACCUUAAAACACAGGAGAAUAAGCUUGGUUUGCUUCUCCAUUCGACAACGAAAAAACUUGAAGAUUUGAUGAGUGAGUUUGACGGAAAGAAAGAGGAAGCUUGCCGGAUUUUUGAGAAGUUUUGUGAGCUAGAGAAGGCAGAGAAGGAGUUUGAAAUGAAACAAAGAGCUGAGACUGAGAGACUGAACGAGGAAAGUGAAGCAAGGGAGAAGGAGCUCAGGGAACUUGAAGAAGCUGUCAAAGAGAAGACUGCUGAAUUGAAGAGAAAGGAGGAGACUUUUGAGCUGAAACUGAAAGAAGAAGCUGACAGAUUGAAUGAGGAGACUGAACUGAAGAGAAAAGGUCUUGAGAUUAAGGAGAAGACACUGGAAAAAAGGCUGAAAGAGCUUGAGCUGAAGCAGAUGGAACUAGAAGAAAGAUCAAGACCACAACUUGUGGAAGCAGAGUCUCGAAAGAGAUCCAACCUUGAAAUUGAACCUCCCUUGUUGGUAAAGAAUGAUGAUAGUGACGUUGAUUUUCUUACUCCUCAAGCCAAAAAACAGAAGUCUCAGGAAGCAAAUGAUGGAGACAUUGAAGGAAUUGUCUGCACAGAUGAAACUGAUAAGGAUCCUAAACCACUAACUUGUCUCGAUACAAAGUUUAGUGAUUUUAGCAAGUCAAUGAGCUCUUUUGCUGUUGAUCAAGUAUGGGCUUUAUAUGAUCCUAGAGAUGAUAUGCCUAGGACCUAUGUCCAGAUCAGGGAAAUUUUUGACUCCCAGUUGAGUUUGCAGGUGACAUUGCUUGGACCUGUCAAAACUACAACAGGUGAGCAGUCUAUUCUCAGUGGUUGUGGGAGAUUCGAAUAUGGAGAUACAGAGAUCAAGAGCCACUUGAUGUUUGCUCAUGAGAUGGAUCACAUCAAAUGUGCUGAGAAUGUCAUUGUCAACCCGAGAAAAGGCGAAACAUGGGCUCUAUUCAGAGAUUGGAAUGCAAGUUGGAACAGUCAACCAGAUCUGCACGAGCCUCCUUAUAGAUACGACUUUGUUGAAGUCAUCUCUGAGUUUGAAGAUCUUAUAGGCAUUCUAGUGGCCUAUAUGGGGAGAGUUGAAGGAUUUGAAUCGGUAUUUAACCGUGCUGAGCAGCAUGGAUACAUCAAGAUUGUGAUCCCACCAGGGGAAAUGCAGAAAUUCUCUCAUAAAGUUGAAUCUGUUAAAUUGAGUGGAAAGGAGGAAGAAGGAAUCCCAUUUACGUCUUUCAAGCUAAACCCUGCUGCUAUUCCGAGAUACUAUCAUGUGCUUGAGGAGGUAGUGGAAACGAAAAUACAAAUUAAAGCUCCAACGGUUGUACAUCAAAAUGGUUCCACAAAAGAUCUGCCCAUAAUAAUAGAUUGAGGGAUUCAAGUCUGGUUGUUCACCUUUCUUAUCUAUGCAAAUAUAUAUAUCUAUGUAGAGUGCCACUGGUGAUGGCUUUAGAUGUUGCAGGAAGUAGUGAAACUGUAAUCUUUUUGGUUUGUUUCUGUUUUCUCUAUGAACCUGUCUAUCUUUGAAAACUUCUUUUGUUCUAAAUGAAAGAGAAUGCUUCGACAUAA